GCUUAUACUCGUCUACAGGUAAUAAAAAAGAACCAUGACUUGGCAGUUGUUGGAGUUGCAGAGAAUUUCCGAUCAUAUGUAUCAUUACAAACUAAAAGGAUUACUGAGUUUGACGUCGCUAUGGUUGGAUUUGAUGACAGGGCAAUACAUAUUCUGGAUCGACUGGUAGGAGGGAGAGAUCAACUGCAACUUAUUUCCAUCUUCGGGAUGCCCGGGCUUGGUAAGACUACUUUUGCGAAGAAAAUGUAUAAUCAUCCAUUAGUUAAUGAUAGAUUUGACAGAUGCUCAUGGUGCGUCGUUUCCCAAAUGUAUCAACGGAAACGUCUAUUAGCCGACAUUCUGAUAGGUUUAUCGAGUGAGUUUGACAAAGAUAUGAUCUUGAGUAUGGAUGAAGAAAUGUUAGUCGUACGCAUUUACCAAGGUUUGAAGGGAAGAAGAUAUCUAAUCGUGAUGGAUGAUAUAUGGGAUUUGAAGGCAUGGGACAAUGUGCUCAGAUGUUUCCCGGAUGAUGGGAAUGGAAGCCGAAUAUUGUUCACCAAUAGGAAUAAAGAUGUGGCCCCACCUAAUAGCCUAAUAUACCCACUUCCCACUUUGUCGAAUGAUCAAUGUUGGAAGCUCUUAGAAAAGAAGGUGUUCCACGAUGAACCGUGCCCUCUUGAACUGAAAGGAAUUGGAAGGCAAAUUGCAGAGAAUUGUCACGGGCUACCACUUGCAGUAGUUUUUUUGGCUGGAACUCUUUCGACUAUGGAUAGACAAGAAAAUACGUGGAAAGAAGUUGGAAAUGGUGUAGGCUCGUAUUUGUUUGAUGGUGGAGAUAAUUCCGCGAUGCAGAAGAUAUUGGAACUCAGCUACAGACAUCUACCAGAAUAUUUGAAACCAUGUUUUCUUUAUUUUGGAGUAUUUGUACAAUACAGAAAAAAUCAUGUUCGAAAGUUGAUUAGACUUUGGAUUGCUGAAGGAUUCAUACACAAGGGAGAGGGGAAGAGUGCAGAGAGUACAGGGGAGGAAUACUUAACGGAGCUAAUUGAUAAGAGCUUAGUCAUCGUCUCGAAAAGAAGAUCUAAUGGUGGAGUCAAAACGUGUAUGAUUCGUGACGAGGUGUAUGAAUUCUGCCGGAAUAUUUCUGAACAAGAAAACUUCCUCAAAGUUGCAAUUGUCCGCAACGACUACCCAAUAUAUUUAACGGGUCCUUUUGGAUGGCAUGCUCGCUCUUUUCAUUGUUUGCCUAUGGAAAAAAAAAUUUAUUUUGGCAACAUGGUACAACUUAGGGUUCUUGAUUUUGACUUGCAUCCUCCUCGUUCCAUGAUUGGAUUGGAAUAUCUUGUUCAAUUGAGAUACUUGGAAAUAACUGAUUUGCCGGGAUCGAUAGGCAGCCUUGUGAACCUAGAAUGUGUUAUUGUAACGAAUAAAACGGAAGUGGUUAUACCCUUGGUAGUUUUGGAAAUGAAGAGAUUGAAAUACAUUCUUUUAACCUAUGUAUCAUUUUUCAACCAAUAUAUCGACUGCCCUGAGAACAAUAAUAACAUACAGUUUCUUCGCAACGUUGGUAUUUACGGUCUCAACGAUGAAGAGAUCUUGAAAUGUUCCCCCCAUCUUCGCAAACUCAAGUGCGAAUGUGAACCAUAUUAUGACAAAGAGAAGGGAGCAUACCGAUACCCCGAUUUCCGCUUCUUCACCGAGCUCGAGUCGCUCAACCUCAAAUGCGUCAACAUGUAUCGAAAGUGGGUUGGCAUUAGCCUCCUCCCCGGUAUAAGAAAGUUGGUUCUUUCCGACUUAUGUUUGACUUGGGAAAUGUUGUCCGUAAUUGGAAGACUGCAAAAGCUUGAGGUUUUUAAAUUACGAUGCACGGCAGUUGAAGAAAGAAUAUGGGAGACAAGAGAAGGCGAAUUUCAGGAGCUAAGAGUAUUGAAACUCGAAGGAUUAGAACUUGCUGAAUGGAACGUGGGCUCUAGCGAGCAUUUUCCCAAGCUCCAACAAUUGGUGUUGCGUGAUUGCACCGAGCUGAAAGAGAUUCCUUGUGACGUCGGUGAAAUUGUGACGCUACAGUUGAUUGAGGUACGGGGGUUCUGCGAAAAGUCAUUGGUGAAAUCGGCUAUAAAAAUUAAAGAUGAACAAAGGGACAUUGGAAACGAAGAGUUUAGAGUCGUCAUAGCUCACAUUCGGCGACCGUGGCGACCGUUGUAACGUCCCAAUUAUUGGUAGUUGGUUGGCUCGUGAAUGAAAUUCUUGUUUUUUAAGGGUAGAAUGUAACUCUAUUAAUAGACAUGCAUUUAUAAUUGCUAACGGGAAAAUCACACUUUUUUGUCCUUCGGGUUUA